AUGCAUUUGCCAGAAUACAUUGCAAGCAAUAUCCUCCGCCGCUCAUCAGGCAAUCUUCUCGUUGCUGCAGAAUCAGCCGAGGGUGGCUCCGAUGCACAGCCAGCGGAAACUGGUGAUGCGGAUCUGAGACGGAAGAUGCCUGCCUACGAGGUUGUGGGGCGUUUCCUGGUGGAACGACUGAAGGCAGAGCUCAAUGCCCGGCCAAAUCUAAAAGGCUCAAAAGGGUUUUCCCACUAUUCUGACCGUAAGGCAGUUAUUGCGGCACUUCGGUCGCAACUCGAGGGGUUUACGCGUCAGCAAGCUCCCUUCAAUCGGCCUAAUCCUGCCUGGACACGUGCCUACCUUUAUUGGCAGGCACUCCUCGAUGAACCUGCCGCAUUUGUGCUCGCCCAUAUGGCACUCAAAAUGUUCGCUAUCAUGCCUACCUCAAUGCCCGAGGAACGAACGGUAUCCGUCUUCACGAAGCUGUCGACUAAAGACCGAAAUCGGCAAGAUGCGGCCACGACUGUUGCCAUUACCCAAGUGCGGCAACAUGUUCGUCGACGGGAUAGCGAGCGCAAGGCACCAGUUCAGCCUCGCCUCAAUUGGCGGUCGAUCAAAAGCGAGUUCUUCUCGAGAGAGCAGUCGCCCUCCCCAUUGGCACCUUCGUCUGCUCCUUCAGAAGGAUCGACAUCAACGGAGCCAACUACAGCAAUCAACCUCACUCUUGACUCUAAUCUUACGCCUGGCACUGGUAGUGAGCCCGGAAACGAUGCUGCUGCGGCUGGCCUUAAUGCACUCAAUGCGCGUACCCUGGCCACCGAUCUUCUCGCUGACAUAAUUCCAAGUCUCGAGUCGACACGAUUUGAGUCAGAGGACAUCGCUGACCUCGGGGAUGCACUGUUUCGUGACCUUUUGAGCGAUGCUCCGCUUCUCAGUGCUGAGACGGUCACCAAUCCGGGUGUGGUCGGCACUAUGAAAGGCAAGGAGAAAGCUGUAGAUGCAGUAUUUGACGACGAUAUCAAUGACGAGGUCUUUUAGUGUAGUCACAUUUGAAAUGCGUUUAUAAACACCCGGUUUUUAAAAAACUGUUAGAAACAUGUGUGAGUAUAUGCUGGGGAUUUCUUCACAGCACCCUAUUGGGUUGAGAUGUUUCUGGCACUAGAUCUGAGAACAUUCUAGCUUUUAUAGUCCUCAUUUGAGUAA